AUGGAUGGUGCCCAUUUGAAGGGUGAUUUUAAGGAAAUCAUAUUACAUGCAGUAGCUAUGGAUGGGAACAACCAGAUACUGCCCCUUACGCAUGGAAUAUGCAAAAAUAAGGGUGGCCUUACUUGGACAUGGUUUCAUGAAAAGUUGUAUGAAUGUGUUGGUGAUUGUCAAGAAUUGAAUUUUGUCACUGAUAGGGCCGAUGCAAUUCGGGUUAGUAUUGAAAAUGUUUUCCUACAUGCUCAUCAUGGCGUGUGCGCUUUUCAUCUACUAGGAAACAUAGUACACUGGUUUGGGAAAAAUGAUAAAACAAAAGUGUUGUUUUGGAGGCUUGUGAAAGCUUACAAAAGAAAUGUUUUUGAAGAAUUGUGGUAUAGAUUUAGUUCUACUAGGCCGCAAGUAGUAGCGUAUCUAAAUUUAAUUCCCCGUGCUAAGUGUACUAGAGCAUAUUCGCUGUCGAAAUUGUACGAUUACAUGACCUCAAACAGUGUAGAGUCCGUGAAUGCUUUAUCUGUAGAUGCAAGGAAGAUGCCUAUAAUACCCCUUCUUGAGUUCUUCCGCCGUCUUUCACAGGAAUGGUUAACAAACGUCACAUCGGAGGAGGUAUGA